AUGGCCGACUUGAAGCUACCCUUCGCCCUGGCUGACGAGAGCCUCUGUCGGCCAGGCUGCCUCAUAAACGGCCAGGUCCUGGACGCAAAGUCGGGCAAGCGAUUCCACGUCAUCGACCCUGGAACCGGAACUCCCUGGAUCUCGUGCCCGGAUUGCAGCGGCCUGGACGUGGAUGCCGCAGUUCAGUCCAGCCACCAGGCGUUCCAGGAAUAUUCCAAGUGGACGCCCCGGCGGCGAGCGCAGUGCAUCUCCAAAUGGCACCAUCUGAUUGUCGCCGCCAGGCAAGACCUGGCCACGAUGCUGGUCUACGAGACGGGGAAGCCGCUGGCCGAAGCUCGCGCCGAGAUCGACUACGCCACAAGCUUCACCUGGUGGUUCGUCGGGGAGGCUGAGAGAGCCCACGGCCAUUGCAUCGUCUCCGCCGUCCCUGGUCGGAGAGCCGUCACCAUCAAGCAGCCCGUCGGCGUUGCUGCGGCCCUGGUCCCGUGGAACUUCCCCGUCGCCCUCGCCUUGCGCAAGAUGGCGGCAGCGCUGGCCGCGGGCUGCACCAUGGUCGUCAAGCCUUCCCCCGAGACGCCCAUCACGGCACUGGCCGUCUCCCACCUGGCUCUGCGAGCCGGGUUCCCCUCGGGGACACUCAACGUCGUCACCACAAGCCUGGACAACACGCCUGCCGUCGCAGAGGCUCUCUGUCUUCACCCUCUUGUCAGAACGGUGACCUUUACGGGCAGCACCAGGGUGGGCAAGAUCAUCUCCAGCCUAUGCGCGGCAAAUCUCAAGAAAUCCACCCUCGAGCUCGGCGGCAACUGUCCCUUUGUCGUGUUCGACGAUGCGAACCCCGACCAAGCACUGGAACAGCUCAUGGCCCUGAAAUGGCGCCACGCCGGCCAGGCCUGCAUCUCCGCCAACAGGCUCUAUCUGCAGCGCGGCAUGCACGACUCUUUCGUCGAAAGGCUGGCGUCCCGGACGGCCGGGCUCAAGGUCGGCCACGGCAUGGCCGGGGGAACCACCAUGGGCCCAGUCACCACGCCCCGAGGCCUGGACAAAGCCGAGGCCAUGGCUAAGGAUGCCUUGUCAAGGGGCGCCAAGCUGGUUCUCGGAACCGGCCUUCGUGCACACUCCGAGGGCGGCUACUUUUUGAACCCGACCAUCCUGGCCGGCGUGACCGACGACAUGCUCAUGAGCCAAGACGAAAUCUUCGCCCCACUGCUCGGCGUAUCUGUGUUCGACACGGAAGAUGAAGUCGUUGAGCGCGCAAACAACACCAGCAUGGGGCUGGCGAGCUAUGUGUUUACAAAGAAUGUCGACAGGCUGUGGAGGAUGUUUGAGAAGUUGGAGGCCGGCAUGAUUGGCUUGAACACGGGAAAUUCUUCGUCUGCAGAGGCGCCAUUUGGCGGUAUCAAGGAAAGCGGCUCCGGCAAGGAGAGCGGCAAGGACGUGGCCGUGGAAGAGUUUCUGAUUACGAAGAGCGGAACAUUGACCGUGGAAAAUCACUGGUAA